UCCCGGUGUGAGGCGCGCGCCUGCGGGAGGGGCCGCUAGAAAAUGGCGAGUCUGUGCAGAAGGCAGCAAUGCACGAUCGAGAGGCGCGGCUUUCGGCAGGAGCUGGACUCGUGGCGGCAUAAACUCAUUCACUGUGUAGGGUUCGAAAGCAUUUUGGAGGGGCUGUUUGGACCAGGACUCGUAAAAGAUCUUACCCUCUUUCAAGAUUGUGAGCCGGAGGGUGUGUCAGAUUGGUCGUUUAAUGAAAAUUGUCUCUUUUGCUGCUUAAGACGUGAAAAAGUGAAGGAAAAUUUGGUUGGUUUGAACAACCAAGUUUUAUCAGAAGCAGACAGCUUCAAACAAGAGCAGUCCAACAUUAACAAACUUGAGAAGCAAGCAGAGGAUUUCCUCAAUGUUGUCUUCUAUAGAAAGGCAGACCUCCCGAGAUUUACAGACCCCCACAUUCCUCUAGUGGCUCGUGAGAUCAUGCAGCGAAUGAUCCGACAGUUCGCUGCCGAAUAUACCUCAAAAACCAGCUCAACUCAGGACGUACCCCAACCCCAGUCCCAGCCCCAGCCCAACGGCACCAAGGACCAAAGCCUGCCGAAAGCGCCCUCGCUGGAGCCGGACGCCUCCACACCCGGUCCCGGCGCCGCUGCCUCCGCACAGAAUCCCGUCCUCAGCAAGCUUCUCAUGGCAGACCAGGACUCCCCACUGGACCUCACCGUCAAGAAACCAGAGACAGAACCCAGCGAACAAGAUGGAGUCCUUGACCUCUCAACUAAGAAGAACCACAGUCAUGGUAGUGUCUCACUGAAAAGCUCUCAUGGUUUCUCAGUCAUGCCCACAGUUAAGGGGCAUUCCCAGAGAGCUGAUCACAACUAUCGAGAUGUUGAUGAUGAGGAUGGCUUGCCACCGAGAAGCUUGCAUGAUGGGAUAAGGGAGAACUGUAUUGGUUCUGGGCCCCUCAAGCCACCCUUGGCCCGCUCGCUCCUCAUAAAAGAGGAACUCCUGAGCCAGAAACAUCACCUCCUUGGCCAACCUCUUUCUUUGGCUAGCCUAGAGUCCACGGGUCUCCUCAACAGCCAAGCCCAGUCCCUUCUUUCCCGUGAUGGGAUAUGGGGGAAAUCCCAUCUAGACGGCCUCCUGAAGCUCAAACAAGUUAGCGGCGACCUAAACGACAUGCCUCUUUUCCAGGAGAACCAAGGCAUGUUCACCAAGGGUACAAAGUCCCAUGACACCGGUUCCAUCACGGUAAAGAAAGAACCUGGACAUUCCCCUCCAGUGGACUUGAAGAUCCCGCAAGUCAGAGGCAUGGAUCUGUCUUGGGACUCCCAUGGGAACGCCUCGGAUCUCUACAGUUACAGCUCUAUAGCUUUGGGCAACGUGCACUCGGAGAACGCGCUCAGUAGGAAGCUGAGGGCCAUCUUGCCAAAGCAGAGUCGCAGAGCCGCUCUCGGAGGCCUUCUCGAUGGGGGAGCCGUGGGUGAGUACUGGGGUGCAGACCUCGAACAGCCAACUUUGGGACCUCAGUACCCGACAUCAGAUCCAGAGGCAGACCCGACCGGCUCCAAGCAACCCCGAAAGAAAAGGGGACGUUAUCGGCAGUACAACAGCGAGAUUCUAGAAGAAGCCAUUGCUGUGGUGAUGGGUGGGAAGAUGAGCGUUUCGAAGGCGCAGAACAUCUACGGUAUUCCCCACAGUACCUUGGAGUACAAGGUGAAAGAGAGGUUGGGCACCCUGAAGAACCCACCAAAGAAAAAGCUUAAACUGAUGAUGAGGGCAGAGGGGCAGGACUCUGGGAUCACCGCCGAAACCGAAUCCACAUCAACGCCCGCCACCACACCCAUUGCAACGCAAGUGGAUGUCUUGCAGGGGACAGGAGACAAAGCCGAGUAGAUUACACAGAACACCUCAUAAAACGGAAAACGUUUUAGAUUCUGACAGACACAAAAAACUAAAAUGAAUUGAGGAUGGGGCUUUAAUUGUGCCAAUUUUCUGGGUGAUCUGGGUGAGCACAACUGCAGGAAUUCAUGGGAGGAUUUAAGCCUGAUAACUGGGGAUAAGAAACAAAUUGGCAGUUAUCACUGGUCGCAUUGACACUGCAAGCAUUUGCUGAAGUUUUUUUACAACAUAAAGCAACAAAUGCGUACUAAAGCCAUAAGAGAGUAUCGACAGAGAGACAUUUUAUAAAAAAAAAAAAAGCAAGCAGAUUAACCCUUUGUUCGCCCCCUU